AUGACUCAGGUGCCUGCUGACUACCUGUCAACCACCAGCUCCUACAACUAUGAGCCACCCCUCCCCUCCGUGGCUCGGGCCAGCACCCUCACCAAGGUCCCUCCGGCCAAAAAAAUAACCUUCUUCAAGAGUGGAGACCCUCAGUUCGCCGGAGUCAAGAUGGCCAUCAACCAGCGGAGCUUCAAGAGCUUCAACGCGCUCAUGGACGACCUCUCCCAUCGGGUCCCGCUGCCCUUCGGGGUCAGGACCAUCACCACCCCACGAGGAAUACACUGCAUCAGUGAGCUGGACCAGCUGGAGGAUGGAGGGUGCUACCUGUGCUCUGACAAGAAGUACGUGAAGCCCAUCAGCAUCACCUCCGGGGGACACAGGCCGGCCCCGCCGCGGAACAGUCGCCCCUCCAGCACCAUGAGGAGAGCGGCUCAGGAGGGCAAGAUGGAAGAUUAUUCCGCACCUUUCACUCACCAUGGUCCCAGAAUACCCAAGAAAAUCACUCUGGUUAAGAAUGGGGAAAGUGGAUUUCGGCGUUCCAUCAUCCUGAACCGUAGAAAUGCCCGGAGUUUCAAAACGCUCCUGGAUGAGAUCACGGAGAUCCUGCAGUUCCCGGUGAAGAAGCUCUACACUACUGAUGGGAAGAAGAUUGACAGCAUGCAGGCCCUGCUCCACUGCCCCAACGUGCUGGUGUGCGUAGGCCGGGAGCCCUUCAAACCUGUAUCCAUGGAGAAUCUGAGGAAACACUCGUCCCUGGUCAACGAUGACAUCGAGAAGCGGGUCCAUGUGAACAAGGAUGGGAGCUUGUCUGUGGAGAUGAAGGUUCGCUUCCGUUUGCUCAAUGAUGAGACUUUGCAGUGGUCCACCCAGAUCAAAAAGUCCAACCUGAUGAACCAGCUGCCUUGUGAAGAGUCAGGAGUGGAGGAGGACAGUGGAGCAGAUCCCCUACAGAAAAUGAACCCAGAAGCCAGCUCGGAGGCAGAUGACUCCUUAUAUCCCUGUGAUAUUGAUUCCUACAUGUCCAAACUUGAGGAAUCAGAAUAUGACGAGGCCCACUGUCACAGCUGUGGAAAGAAACACCAGGACUAUGACAUUUGGAAGAAUCCCAUGCACAUGUCCCAGAGGGAGGAGCCCGGCGUGCGAAGCACCUGGCACACGCACUCUUCGUGCUCCAGCACAUCUUCCCGCAGGAGAGUAGUCCACAAAAAAAUGACAUCUGUGGAUAGCAUCCACACCACAUCCAGUGAGGAAUUCUCUGAGCACAUUGUGAGAGAGUCCUCAUCCUACUCAGAGACUAUAAAGAACAGAGUGGCGUAUCGAUCUGUUAAAAAGUGUGUGUGCCGAAGUGAUUUAUCCACCGGUGCUUCCAAUGGAGAAGAACAGCAGGAACACACCAGGACAAGCACAGGAAACAGCCAGAGGCCUUCAUCCUUGGGCUUGAUGUCACAUUCAAGCUGUGAAAACAACCUGGAUACUCAAGACAGCCCUGAAGACCAGGAGAUCACCAAAAUCAUUUCACAGAAUGAGGAUGCAAAUUGUUUUGAAGCUUCCUCUGUGAAGUGCUUGAAGGAUGACCCAGAAGAGGUUGAAAGCAGCAGAGUUGGGAGUGUCAUGUCCAGGUCAUCCCUGCAGUCCAGGCAGAGCAAGAAGAACGUGUGUGAGGAAGUGAGCAGCGUGGGCAGGAGCAUGUCCUCCUCAAGCCUUCAGAAGGCAAACCAGGGAGAGAACAGCCAGUGCUCCACCCCUGCCAACAGUGUGCACAGCAAGUCCAGUAACUGCACCACACCAAAGGAAAAGGCUGAGCAGGGUGACACCUCUGAUGACAACCCAGUGGUGUCCUCUUUCUCCAGCGAGUCCUGCCCCAAGAAGGAGGCUGAAGAGGUGGAAGCAGACCAGGAAGAAAGCGAAGUCAAUGAAGUCAGCUCAGUGUCAGCAAAAACAAAGCCCAGCCAAUCAAUCAGGGGGAAGCCAAAGAGAAAAAAUAUCCGUGCGACCAUUUUGAAGAAUUCCUCCAUCAGCAGCAUCGGCACCGAGUCCGUGCUGACCGCAGGGAGAGAGCAGAAAGAAAUUGUGGAUUCCUCCAAAGCAACUUCCUACGGCUCUAAAUCCGCUGCAACUGAAGGAAAUGGUCAGAAUAAUAAAGAGAUUGAUGAUUCUUGCAACAAAAAAACAGAGGAAGAGGUAGAAGAUGCAGGUGUUCAGGAGGAAGGAGGUGAUUUAAUGCCAUCAGCUCUACCAAAUGCAUCUCCAGAAGAAGUUGUGCAAGAGUGGCUCAGGAAAAUCCCUUCAGAAACAUUGCUCAUGAAAUAUGAAAUGGAGGAUGAUGGAGAAGAGGAACAUGCAGAGUCAACCACUGAGGUGUCUCACUGUACAAAUGCUGAGGAAGCCCCAGAGGAGGAAAAAGCUGAGGAGAAGAAUGAAGAAGAGGAGGCUGAAAAGGAUGAAGCAAAGGAUGAAGAAAAGGAUGAAGCAAAGGAUGAAGCAAAGGAUGAGGUGGAAGAAGAGAAAGCAGAAGACACAGCUGUUGUUGAAGAGGCUGAAGAAUGUGUGAACCAGGAAAAAAUCUCUGAGGUUCCACCUGAAGCUGCUGAGGCUGAGCAGGCAGAAUGCAACAAGUCAGUUACAUCCAGCCAAAACAACAACAAGAGAGACCUUCCAACCUCUGUCCAAACGUCUGUCCAGAUCAUGAAGGCCUUGCUCAGUUCAAAGCAUGAGACCAAAUUUGAUCGAUCAAAUAGUCUGCCUGAAGUAUCCCCCACAAUGGGGAGGAAACUGAGUAACUCUGCCAACAUUUUGAUUACUUGUCUUGCCAGCCUCCAACUCCUUGAUGAAGAGUCAGAGGAUCCAUCAGAAAACUCAAAACAUUUGAAUAAGUCAAGGUAUACAGAGCUGCUAAAUAUUUUUCAAGCCCUGUGGUUUGGGUGCACUGCUGAAAGGAGCGGCCCAAGCUCAGAUCAAGAGGCAAGCAAGGUGGCAAUGCCAGUGUCUGGGUCUAAAGCCCCAAAAUCCAUGGAUCACGCCUUCACUCCCAUGUCCUCCUCUGGGGUUGAUGUUUGCAGUUGCUCUGGUGGCUCAGGAGAAGAGUGCACAGCUGGUGCCACGUUGGUGGCACAGAAAACCAUGGAAUGCAAAACAGCCGAGCAAAUGGAAAAUGCAGAGACUGGCACAGAAGUGACUGAGGUCGAGGAGCAAAGUAAAGAGGAAGAGCAGCCAUCCCGCCCUUCCACGGCCUGCUCAGAGGCAAAAGGUGAGGAAAAAGCAGAGUCUGCUAGAGAGGAGUCUGUAAUCCAGGCGGAAGAAGAGAAUAAGGAGGAUCAGGGCAGUAACUGUGAGCAUGAUCAGGGGGAAGGAGGAGAAAAUGAAAACGAAGAAGAAAACAAAUUAGCUGAAACUGGAGAACAAGAGGAAGCUGAAGCUGUGACUGAUGAAGUCCCACAAGAAAACCCUGAAGAAGAGGCUGACCAGCCAGAGGCCACUGGUGAUGAAGAAAACCCUGAAGAAGAAGCUGACCAGCCAGAGGCCACUGGUGAUGCAAAUGUUGGUGAUGCCGAUGUUGGGACGGAGCUGAAAGAGGAGGUGCAGGAGCAGCCCCAAGAAGAGUCACCAAAUGACCCCGAGCCCAAAAUCGAUACAUCCACCAGUGUGGGCACAUCCCUUGUCCAGCAAAACUCCAUGGAUCCAGACCCAACCUGGGUCCUGAGACUGCUCAAGAAAAUCGAGAGGGAGUUCAUGGCUCACUAUGUCAAUGCCAUGAAUGAAUUUAAAGUCAGGUGGAACCUGCAGGACAAUCAGCAGAUGGAUGCAAUGAUACUGGAGCUGAAGGAGGAAGUGAGUAAAAGGAUACAAAAGAGCAUAGAGAAGGAGUUGAGGAAGAUCAGAAGCAGAGCAGGAAGGAGGAUGCCGAGACCUCCAGAGGGGCCACCCACACGUGAGUCCAAACUCCAAACCGAGCAGAGGAGAUGGAGACUGCAAACUAUGCAUAAAAAGUCCCUCUUUGGGGACAAGAAUGGUGCCCAGAUGAGGCUGGAGGAGACAUCAGACUUAUCAUUUGAUGUAGAUAAUGACUUUAACCUCAGUGCAGCUUUGGAGGACAGCAUGAGCAAACAAUCCAGUGAGGAGGAAUAUUGUCCUUGUGACUCUUGUGUGAGGAAAAAACUGGCUUCCAGGCCUGCCAGAGCCCCUGUGGUGGCCACCAAUGCCCCAGUGAUGAAAGCCUUUGAUUUGCAGAAAAUCCUGAGGCUGAAGAAGGAUGGCAAUGAGGAAGCUGUUGUUGCAGAAGCAGCCCAGGACACCAAAACUCUUCCCAAUGGUUCUGUGGAAGAAGGGGCAGAAAACGAGGAGAAGGAUGAGGAGCAACCUCAGGCUGGUGAAACAGAAGCAGAGGAAGAAGAAGGAAAAGAGCCAGAAUUAAAUGAAGAUGAUGGCACAACAUUGAAUGGAGAUGGAGAAGAAACUGAAAUAGCAGAGAGUCAAAACACUGAGAUGGAAGAUGAGGCCAAAACUGAAGAAACCAAAGAAGAAGAAGCAGAAGAAGAAGGGGAAGAAACAAAAGAAGGAGAAGAAGAGGAAGCAAAAGAGGAGGAGGAAGAGAAAGAGGAAGAAGAAAUAGCUAAGGCUGAAGAGGAGGGGGAGGAAAUAAAAGAGGAGGAGGGUGAAACUAAAGAAGAAGAUGAGGAAGUAAAAGAGGAAGAAGCAGAGGAAAGUAAGGAGGAAGAGGAACUAAAUGAGGAGGAAGAGAAGGAAGUGGAAGAGGGAGUGAAGGAGGAGGAAGAAACAAAGGAGGAGGAAGGGAAGGAGGAAGAUGAAGAAGGAAAGGAAGAAGAAGAAGGGAAAGAGGAAGAGGAAGGGAAGGAAGGAGAGGAAGAAGCAAAAGAGGAGGAGGAGGAAGAAACCAAAGAGGAUGAAGAAGAAACCAAAGAGGAGGAGGAAGAAGAAGCAAAAGAGGAGGAUGAAGAAGACAAAGAGGAGGAGGAAGAGGCCAAAGAGGAGGAGGAAGAAGCAAAAGAAGAGGAGGAAGCCAAAGAGGAGGAGGAGGAAGAAGGGAAGGAGGAAGAGGAGGAAGCAAAAGAAGAGGAAGAAGAAGCAAAAGAGGAGGAAGAAGAAGCAAAAGAGGAGGAGGAGGAAGGAAAGGAGGAAGAGGAAGAAGCAGAACAGGAGGAGGAGGAAGGGAAGGAAGAAGAGGAAGAAGCAGAAGAGGAGGAGGAGGAAGCAAAAGAAAAAGAGGAGGAAGUCAAAGAGGAGGAGGAGGAAGAAGGGAAGGAGGAAGAGGAGGAAGCAAAAGAAGAGGAAGGGAAGGAGGAAGAGGUAGAAGAAGCAAAAGAAAAGGCAGAAGGGGAGGAGGAAGAAGUAGAGGAGGGAGAUGAAGAAGCAGAAGAAGAGGAAGAAGCCAAAGAGGGAGAGGAAGAAGAAGAAGAAGAGGAAGAAGAAGAAGCAAAAGAGGAUGAGGAAGAAGCCAAAGAGGGGGUGGAAGAAGAAGAGGAGGAGGAGGAAGAAGCAAAAGAAGAGGAGGAGGAAGGAAAGGAGGAAGAGGAAGAAGCCAAGGAUGAUGAGGAAGAGGAAGAAGCAAAAGAAGAGGAGGAAGAAGGAAAGGAGGAAGAGGAAGAAGAAGUUGAAGAGGAAGAAGCAAAAGAGGAAGAAGAGGGAGAAAAAGAGGAGGAAGAAACAAAGGAGGAAGAAAAAGAGGAAGAACAAGAAGAAGAAGCAGCUCAAAAUGAAGAGCAAGAAGCUGAAGAAAAUUCUGAAGGUGAACAGGAAGGUGAAAAUGAAGCUGAAGAAACAGAGGAGCCAGGGGAUGAGGAAGUUGUGGCUGAUGAUGAGGCAGAGACAUCAGAAUGCAGAGGAGAUGCUGAGGGCUCUGGAACUGACAACAAUCCUGAGGGAGAUGCUGUGGAAGGAAAUGAAGAAGCUGAGCAAGAUGAAGCUGAGGCAGAAGAAGAUGCAAAACCAGAGUCAGGAGAUGAGGCUGAGGAGAAAAGCAGUGAAAAGGGUGAGAAUCCUGAUGAGAAUGAGGAACCCACUGGGGAUGACCCUGAGAAUGCACAUGAAAAACACGAAGACCAAGGCAACAACAAAGUUUCUGAGAAAGCCUCAAAGACCAAAGGUAAGAGAACCAACAAAAGGUUAGAGACUCUGAAAAAAUCCACGGCCUUUUCUUGUUAUUCUUCUGUCGGAAACUUCUCACAGCAAUCCCAGAAGGGGUCUGAUGAUGAAGAGGAAAGAGUAGAUGAAGAGGAAGGAGGAGUCAAAGAGGAAGGAAUAGCUGAAGAGGAGGCAGUUGAAGAGGAAUGCAAAGGUGAUGAUAACCCCACCAAUGACCACCCAAAUGGAGAAGUUCGAAGUGAUGAGAGCUCCAAACCCUCUCAGAUGUAUCCUGACAGUGACGAAGAAGAAGAGGACAAAGAAUCUUCAGGUUCUGAUCCCGUGGGAGAUGAGGAGCACCCAGAUGAAGGUGCAGAUCCAAAGGAGGCUGAAAACACUGAGGAAGUUCAGGCUGCUAAAAAGAAAGAAAACUCUGAUGAGAUUGACCAGGAUGACCUGGACUUCUAG